AUGGCCAAUUCAUCAUCUGAAGACCUGUUCGUGUAUAGAGCCAAUGGCAGCGCAAGCAAUAGUGCUGGACCAAGCAGAUCAACCUCUUCAGUCAACUUAUAUCCGCUCAACAAUACUUCCAGACCAAGUUCGAGGAAAGGACCAAGGAGGGGAUCAAAGGAUCAUGAGGCUGGUGAGGUAGUGGACGAGGCUGGAUUUGCUGAGAGAGGUGAUGUAUUAUUCAAAGCACCUGAUGAUGAUAAUGAUCAUGAUCAUGAACACGACGAACACAGUGCAGCUGCACCAUUACUAUCCUCAACGACUUCGCGGCGAGAGCAAUUGACCGAAGAGGAACAUGAGCUGUUCAUAGCUGAGGGGCCAAACAGUGGGGCUAGAGGUACGCUGAUGGAUGCGAUAACGAAUAUGGCGAACUCAAUUAUAGGUGCAGGCAUAAUAGGACUACCAUACGCAAUCUCUCAAGCGGGUUUCUUCACUGGUAUAUUCCUCUUGGUAUCCCUAGCGGCGGUAUCAGAUUGGACGAUACGACUGGUCAUAUUGACUAGUAAAUUGAGUGGACGAGAUUCUUACACCGAGACAAUGUAUCAUUGUUUUGGACCUGCUGGUGCAGCUGCUGUCUCGUUCUUUCAAUUUGCAUUUGCAUUUGGGGGUACAGCCGCUUUUCACGUCAUCAUAGGCGAUACGAUACCUCGAGUGAUCUCGUUCAUCUUCCCAUCGUUAUCCCAGCAUGCAGUUCUGCGUUUAUUGGUCGAUAGGAGAGUAGUGAUACUAUUGUGUACUUUGGCAGUCUCAUUUCCACUGAGUCUGCAUAGGGAUAUAGUGAAAUUGUCAAAGAGUUCUUCCUUUGCUCUUGUCUCAAUGACCAUCAUCGUCCUCUCCGUUCUAUUUCGAUCAGUAGCUGUCGACUCGUCCCUGAGAGGAUCGUCAUUGGAUACUUUCACAUUGAUAAAACCAGGUGUAUUUCAAGCUAUCGGAGUGAUAUCAUUCGCAUACGCGUGUCAUCAUAAUUCAAACUAUAUCUACAAGAGUAUACAUGUCCCCACACUUGACAGGUUCUAUGUGGUCACACACAUCUCAACUGGUAUAAGUCUAGUGGCGUGCUUGUUGGUAGCUGUCUCUGGAUACGUGGUAUUCACAGAUAAGACACAGGGGAAUAUUCUCAAUAACUUUGCUUCAGACGAUUGGGUUAUCAAUAUCGCGAGGUUCUGCUUCGGAGCCAACAUGUCUACCACAAUUCCACUUGAAGUGUAUGUUUGUCGUGAAGUGGUAGAAGAGUACUUCUUCAAAGGUAGACCGUUCAGUCAGAAAAGACAUGUGAUAAUUACGAGUUUAGUGGUGUUCACAACUAUGGGAAUCGCCUUAACAACCUGCGACCUAGGUAUAGUCCUCGAAUUAGCCGGUGGUCUAUCAGCUUCAGCAUUAGCAUUCAUCUUUCCUGCAUCUGCAUAUUACGUAUUGACAAGUGGUAAAUGGUAUUCGUGGAAUAAGCUGCCUGCUGGACUGGUCGCUGGAUUCGGAGGAGUGGUGUUAUUACUAAGUUGUGGACAGAGUAUAGCGAAUGCUUGGUAUGGCGAGGGGAAAGCAAAGGUUUGUACUUAG